GAAUGCUAUCAAAACCCUCUUUCAGUAGAGAGGCCACCCGCAGUUCUUCAUCUAUCCUGUUACCCAGAUUUUCUUAAAGAAGAGCAAAACAAGCCUGCCAUCAUGUCUGAAAAAAAGAUGACCUCAAGCCGUCGGCAUUAUCUCAAGAGUUUGAUACUGGGUAUAGCCAAGGACCUGCUGGAGGCUGAGGUAAAGCAGAUAGAGGAGGACAGAAUUCACUAUAUGGAGGAGAAAUGUCCUCCUCUGUCUCUGCCUGGCUCUGCACAGGAAUUACAGGAUCUGUGCAAACAGCUUCAUCUGCAGAUUGAUGUGGUGGACGAGGCGAGAUAUGACAUGUCUGUUAAAGUGGCCAAAAGUGACAAAGAGAUUGAGGAUCUGAAGAUAAAGGUUCAGGACCUGAUAGGUAAAUUCAAGAAACCUGCUCUGAAGAAAGUGCGAAUGUCUGCUGAUGCCAUGCUGCAGGCCCUGCUGGGCUCCAAACACAAAGUGUCCAUGGACCUGAGAGCCAACCUCAAACAGGUCAAGAAAGAGGUCAAGGAGGAGGAUAAGGAGGCAGUGGGAGACUGGCGUAAGAACAUCGAGGAUAAGGCUGGUAUGGGUGGCAGGAAGAAGAUGUUUGAAUCCGAGGCUUAAACAGGCAGCCAUUUUCCUUUUGGAGUUGACUUCUGAUGGAUAUUCUGUUGUUGCAAAUUUUGCUGUCAAAAAAGUGCUUUUGCGUCCAAACUUCACAUCCAACAAGCAGUAACUAAGUUAAUCAUAGUAUUCAGAAUGUCAUCAUGUACUACAUGAAUGAUACAUGAACUCACCCUAACAAAUAAAAAUGAGAAAAUGAA